AUGAACACAUCCCAGGGCUCGGUGUCGUUCGAGGAUAUAUCUGUGGACUUCACCCAGAAGGAGUGGCAGCUGCUGGACCCUGCCCAGAGGCUCCUGUACAGGGAGGUGAUGCUGGAGAACUACAGGCAGCUGGUGUCCCUGGGGCACUGUGUCACCACACCUGAGCUGAUACUCAAGCUGGAGCAAGGAGAAGAGCCAUGGGUACCAAAGAGAGAACUCCCAAGUCCGAGCCACCCAGGUGAGUUCACAGUGGUGGAGAGAAGGCAACUGGGAGGAACUGGACCCCAAGUGGCCAGUUCAUUUUAGAGCCUUUUGACUAAAGACAGAUGACCUCCCUACCUUAGAUAUCAGACCUCCAAGCAGCACCCUCAGAUGUAAGUG